GCAUUCGCUGUCUGUCCUCGGUUCAGCAGAGCGGCAGUUUGCUGGUGAAGCCUGUGACGCGCACGGCAUCCUACCUAUAGGAUUUGAGGUUUGCUCAGUGCAGUUUUUUCUACCCACUUUAAACCUCUAGGUUCUAAAUAUCAGGAAAGACAGGGAAUGCUGUGUGAAAAUAGCCAAAAGUUCUCAGUAAACUGCAGGUAAGGGAACUGAGGCCAGGGCAGAGGAGAAAGAGGUGCCAGAGUAGGUUUCUUUGGAAGCCUUUCUUUGGGCUGAGUUUUUGUUGUUAACUUACUGGAUUCAGAGAGGGACCGAACUGGCUGUGUGAAAGCCAGAACAGCAUUAGCGUCAAAACAGUGACGAAGGGGUUUUGAAUAUCAUAGUAGAUAGGCAUUCAGAGUGUUUAGUAAAGAAGUUAGAAAGCCAAGCAUAGCCACCACCUGCAUCUUCACCUAACUGCAGAAUCAAAAGUUUAGAAACAGCAUCUACAGGGCACUUUGAGGUAAAGAGAAGGCUAAAGAUGGAUCCAAAUAAUUGUUUCCUUCUGAAAUUGGAAAGGAAACAUUCGAUGCACUGCAACACCUCCAAUCACAGUGUGGAUCUCCCUGUGAGCGAAGACUGGUUCCACCCGGGGAUCUAUGUCAUCCCUGCGAUUUAUGGGGUUAUCAUCCUGAUAGGCCUCAUUGGCAACAUCACACUGAUCAAGAUCUUCUGUACAGUCAAGUCCAUGCGCAAUGUGCCGAACUUGUUCAUCUCCAGCCUGGCUUUGGGAGACUUGCUCCUCCUGGUAACCUGUGCCCCCGUGGAUGCCAGCAGGUACCUGGCUGACAGAUGGCUAUUUGGCAGAAUGGGCUGCAAGCUGAUCCCCUUUAUCCAACUUACCUCCGUGGGGGUGUCUGUCUUCACACUCACAGCGCUGUCUGCAGACAGGUACAAAGCCAUUGUCCGGCCAAUGGAUAUCCAGGCAUCCCAUGCCCUGUUGAAGAUCUGCCUCAAAGCCGCCUUGAUCUGGGUCAUCUCCAUGCUGCUGGCCAUCCCAGAAGCUGUGUUUUCUGACCUCCAUCCAUUCCAUGAGGAAAGCACCAACAAGACCUUCAUUAGCUGUGCCCCAUACCCACAUUCAAAUGAAUUGCACCCCAAAAUUCACUCCAUGGCUUCCUUUCUGGUAUUCUACAUCAUCCCAUUGUCAAUCAUCUCCAUCUACUACUACUUCAUUGCCAAAAAUCUGAUCCAGAGUGCUUACAAUCUUCCUGUGGAAGGAAAUAUCCAUGUCAAGAAGCAGAUUGAAUCCCGGAAGCGACUUGCCAAGACGGUGCUGGUAUUUGUGUGCCUCUUUGCUUUCUGCUGGCUUCCCAACCACAUUAUCUAUCUAUACCGUUCCUACCACUACUCUGAAGUGGACACCUCCAUGCUCCACUUCGUCACCAGCAUCUGUGCACGCCUCCUGGCCUUCACCAACUCCUGCGUGAACCCCUUUGCCCUCUACCUGCUGAGCAAGAGUUUCAGGAAACAGUUCAAUACCCAGCUCCUCUGUUGCCGGCCGAGCCUGAUGAACCGGUCCCACAGCACCGGCAGAAGUACCACCUGUAUGACCUCUUUCAAGAGCACCAACCCUUCGGUGGCUACCUUCAGCCUCAUCAAUGGAAACAUCUGUCAUGAGGGGUAUCCACUGCUGUCCCUGAGCACAGUCACCAUGCCUCGUGGUCAAAAGAGUAAGCUCCGUGCCCGUGAGAAACGCCGCCAGGCCCGAGAGGAAGACCAAGUUAUCCAAGGUGCUCAAAGCCCUGCAGCAGAAGAGAAAAAGUCAUCCUCAUCUUCUUCAGGUCCUCAGAGUGCUAAACCCAGCAGCACCCAUGCUGCAGGUAGUCCCCAGGGACCAGCAAGCACCCAAGCCACCAGCUCUCCUGCUAUAACUCAGAGCUUCGAUAAAGGAGCCGAGUGCCCAGAGGAGCCAAGGCUAGUCUUCUCCAGGCUGUCUGUGCUGGAGCAUGCCAGAAAAGAUCCUCUGAAUCGGGUGGUGAAUGUGCUGGUGCAUUUCCUACUGGGCAAGUACAAGACAAAAGAGGUCAUUGUGAAGGCAGAUCUGCUGAAGGUCAUCGACAGAAAGUUUAGGAAGAACUUCCCCGAAAUCCUCCGGAGAGCCACUGAGCGCAUGGAGAUGAUCUUCGGUCUCGACCUGAAGACAAUUGGCCCCACUGGUCAAUACUAUGUCCUCAUCAGCAAACUGGCCCUUCCUGGCCAAGAAAAUGUGAGUAAAGGCCAGGGUUUUCCCAAGAAUGGGCUCCUGAUGCCGCUCUUGGGUGUGAUCUUCAUGAAUGGCAACUGUGCAGCUGAGCCAGAUGUGUGGGAAUUCCUGAGUAUGCUGGGGGUAUACGAUGGCAAGGAGCACUUCAUCUUCGGGGAGCCCAGGAAGUUCAUCACCAAAGAUCUAGUGCAAGAAGAGUACCUGGUGUACCGUCGGAUGGCUGGUAGUGAUCCUCCCUGCUAUGAAUUCCUGUGGGGCCCCAGAGCCUAUGCUGAAACCAGCAAGAUGCAAGUCCUAGAGUUUUUGGCCAAGCUCACUAAUAUGGUUCCCAGUAACUUCCAGUCCUACUACGAAGAAGCGCUGAAAGAACAAGAAGAGAGAGCCCAAGCCAGAAUUGCACACAGAGCUGGCCGACUUCUUGCUGCUGAGGCCAGAGCCAGAGCCUUCUCCCAGUCUUAGUGUGCUCUGACCUAGUUCCCACUUCCAAAUAGUGGAGAGCGAGGUGGGGCUUGGUAGACCACAGUGAAUAUUUUCUUUGUGUUUCUGUUAUUCAUAAACACUUGUAGUUUUAUGUACUUUUUUCCAUAGUGUUCUCUUUAAAGAGUUUAUUUAAAUUUAGGAUCUAAGUUUGUAAAAGACAUGGAUCACCUAUUUCUGUUUACUAAGUUUACUGUAUUGUAAAACAAAUUGAAAGACCUAACAUCCUUUGUUGUUACCCAGUACAAGCAAACACAGCAUUGGAAAAGAGAUUUGCUUUUAAAAUGUAGAACAGUCUCACAGCGAAAUAGUUGGGAUCAGAGCACGGCGAAGAAAAGUAAAAACGGGUAAACUUCUGGGUUUUUUCCUCAUUUAGUGUUUUGAUAAAUUUAAAAGAUAUGUACCUGGAUUUGUUUAGCUUAUUUAAGAAUGUAGAAGGAAAU